UGACGUAUUGCUAAUAGGCGCGAAUUAUGUUUUGCAUGUAGUCUACCGGGCUGUAAAAUUCAUCUGUGGAGGGCAUCUUCGUGGUAGACAAGAUUAUAUUUUCUAUAAUCUCCAAAUCGGAAUUUUAUUAGAACGUUCGAAACGAAAGCAGUAUGAUACAGCACUGCUGUUGACACGACAAGUUAACGUUAUCACUAGGACAUCUGUUGUGUUAUGUUGUUGUGUUGUUAGCCUAGUUUGUCGCACAGCGCUGAAUUGCAUGUAGCAAAAUUUGUGUCUCUGUCUACAAGAUGAAGAAGAUGAAAAGACCAAACUCGUCUGUGGGUAAUGAAAAGAAACAAGACGCUUCAUCAACUAAGCCAAAGAAGAGCCGCACCCUUGGUCGCCAGUCUAAGGUGUCUGCUGCAGAAGAGACAGAUGAAAGUGUAUUUAGUACGUUUAUUCGAGAAGCGGGUGUCACAUUGACUCACGGCAGCGACUCAAACGAGAUUGCUGUUGACCAGGUGGUGUUUCAAAAAAGGAUAAAACAGAAGUUGCAGAAGAGUCCCAGGUACCCUGGUAUUCUACACGAAUUCAUCAGUGGACUGGAGUCUCACAUUGACGACAUAGACAGGUUUAGGAACUGCCUCCUCCCUUGUGUUCCAAGACUGCCCGAUGAUGAUCCCAGCUGUGUCAGCUCCUUCCAGGAAAGCCUGUUGCGUAUGCUGCUUGGCAUUGAGAUGCUUCAGACGCUUAUUAUUAACACGUUGCUUGAGAAACUACCUGAAUAUAUGCUCAACAGUGCUGAUGAAGCCGGACUCAGUAUUCCACGCACUAUCAUUAACCAGUUCAAGUGGCUUGACAAAGUGGUGGAAAGCAAGGAGCUGGCAGCCAAGCUAAUGGAGCUGCUGGCAGUGGCACCAGUGGACGUCCAGUGUGACAUCAUCACCAGCCUGCCGGAGAUAUUGGAGGACUCGCAGCACAAUGACAUAGCCAGGGAGCUGAAUUCUUUACUGAAGGAGAACACUCAGUUGACCGUGGCUAUCUUAGAUGCGCUCUCAAGCCUGAACAUCAGCUCUUCAUUACUGACUGAGGUUCGAGAAGCUGUUAUGACUACCAUCGCGGCAGUGCAACUGGAAGACCUGCCAGUGGUGGUCAAAUUUGUUUUGCAUUCCGCUCAAGCGUCUGAUGCAUUGGAGGUGGUGUGUGGGCUCCGCAAGAAGCUUGAACUGGAGCAGUGUGUUCUCCCUUCUGUACUGCAAGCAUCCCAGAGCCGCCUAAAGAGCAAAGGAGCAACGGCGUCCAACUCGGCUACAGCAACCACCGGCAACCAGGAUAGCGUUACCCUGAUCGUGGAGACCAUUAAAUCAGCAGUGCGCUUCCAGAAGAGCAUAUCUGAGGCCUGGCUCAAGGCAAUCCAGUCUGUGGAAGAAAUUGAGGACCACAAGGUGAUAGAUCUUCUGGUCCUGUUCAUCCUGCACUCCACUAACGCCAACCAGAGUCGCCGGGGCGCCGAGAACGUGCUGAGGAUGAAAGUCCUGCGGGGAUACUUUACCUCCAUCCUUGCCCUGGCUCAGAAUUUGCUGCGCUCGCCAGUCCCCUGCGCGGUCCAGUUUGCUGGGCUCAUGUAUCGGCAUUCCUUCGCCGCUUUCGAUACGUACUGUCAGCAGGAGGUUGUGGGCUCGCUGGUGACCCACGUCUGCAGUGGUGUUGGCAGCGAGGUGGACAUGGCCCUGGAGCUGCUCUGCGGUCUGAUUACUGAAAACCCGACAGAAAUGGGACCAUAUGCCGUUUUUGUCAAGGGAAUUCUGGACUACCUGGACAAUCUCACACCUCAGCAAAUUCGCAGACUUUUCUAUCUGCUGAGCAAGCUGGCAUUUGGACCACAGCAAAGCUCACACAUUCAGGACGACAUGCACAUUGUGAUCCGCAAACAACUCUCCAGCACCGCGCCCAAGUACAAGCGCAUCGGGAUCAUUGGUGGCGUGAUGAUUAUAGGCAGCAUGGGGGCAUGCGUACCUAGCGUCAAAGCUAGUCAGAACAUCUCGUUACCGCCAGAGAGAUUCAGACAGUCGUCAGCUCUGUUUGAGUUGGUGCAGUCCAGUAGUGAGACUUCACCUGAGGCGACAGCUUUGUACUGUGACGAGCUGGCCAAUUUGAUUCAAACAUCCACUCUGGACCCACAAGUGCAGGAAAAGAUCUGCAACAGAGUCUUAGACGUCUUCCAGGAUGACUUUGUGGUGGAUCUGGGUCCAGAAAUAUCAGGGUCCUUCCCCUUCCCAGCCCGCAUCAUGUACAACCUAGACGAGGAUGAAAGUCAAGGAGGCAUCGCCAUCAACUUGAUGCCUCUGCUGGCUAAAGACAUGCAUGGAAAGGCGGAGCGGCAUCGUCGAGACAAGAAGGACAAAAAUUCUCUUGUCAGCAGGAGUGCUCUCUGCUUGUCCCCAUUUUUCCGCCUGCUGCGCUUUUGUGAGGAGAAGCAGAACCAAGGAGACUUGGAGGAGAUCGAUGCCUUACUGGGCUGCCCUGUCAUCUUAACAGACAUGGAUGUUGUCGAAAAAAUUGACAGCCUGUCCAAAGUGGAGAAGGAGUUUGUCUGCACUCUGCUAUUUCACACCAUCAACUGGUUCAGAGAGGUGGUAAAUGCCUUCUGUAAGAUCAAAGAUAAAGAGAUGAAGAUGAAAGUGAUGACCCGCCUGCAGAACAUCACUUAUCUUCACACCCUGCUGGAGCGAGCUUUAGCCGUUACUCCUGGCUACGUUCCACCUGUUGCUAACUUUGAUGGAGAGAGCACAGAGAUAAUUGUACCCAACACUGCUGCUCCUUUGAACAAGGCAAAGAAAGGAAAGAAGAGGAAGGCGCCCGGGAAGAAUGCUUCUGGCAGUAGCUCUCCAGUGGAGGACAAGAUAGAAGAAGAUGAAACGCAGCAGGAGCCAGAGGAGGAGAAGGAAAAAGAGAAGGAGGCCCGACAAGGAGUCAACCUGGCUUCGUACAGGCAAUUUUUCAGGGAGCUCGACAUGGAGAUUCUCAGUGUGUUGCAGUGCGGCUUGCGGACCCGCUCAAUGCUGGAUUCUGAGUUCGGCAACAAGGAGCACCAGGGGGUUCUUUUGGGUCCGGCAGAGCUGUUUUUCCUGCUGGAAGAUAUGCUUCGAAAAGUAGAGUUUCGUCUGACGGCUGUCCCGGCCAAAAGACUGCCUUUCCUCAAGGUGAGGGCCGACAAGAGCAUAGGCUUCUCUCACCUGCAACAGAUGAGCCCCAAGGAUGUAGCUUCCUUCUGUGUCCAGAUGCUGCCUGCCCUCUGCUCUCACUUGGAGAACUGUCACAACCAUUUCCAGACGUUGCUCUCCGACAACGACGGACUUGUGGACGGGCCCGCCACAGACGCUCAGGAGCACCAGUUAAUAUCUUCUUGCUGCCAGCUUCUCCUGCAAGUGUUCAACACUAUCUUUCGCUGGUCUGGAUUCAGCCAGCCAGGUCAGCGAAACUUGCUGAAGAAAGCUUUAGGAGUUUUGGCGGGACGACUUAAAGAUGGAGGAGCUGAGCUGAACCUGGAGCUGCUUGUUAAACACAGCUUUGAAUACCUGCUGAAGUUCCGCAGCAGCAUUCCGAAUCUCAGUUCAGCUCUGUGCCUCUCUCAGCUGCUGUCCACUGUUUCUGAGAAAGGAGGCAACGUCAUUGUUUACAGGGAGCAGACUGCUUCCCUUGCACGAGGCUUCCUGUGCCAGUCGUGGGUGACGGUCAGUGGUGAAAAGCAACGAGGGGCCAAGUUCAAUGAAGCACUUCUCGCUCUCCUCAGCAUCUACAUGGAUCACGUGGAUGAUGUUCUGAAAGCGGUGGAGGAAAUAGCGAAUGAAGGCUUUUCUCAGAUGAGAAACGCGUCAAAAGACGAGAGCUCUGACUCCUGGCCAACGCUCAGCAAGCAGACAUUUGUGGUCUUCUAUAAAGUUUUGAUGGUAGAGCUGGAAAAAUCGGUCCGCAAGAUUCCAUCUGGGAAAAUCUGUGACAGUAGCGAGGCGCAGAGUGAAAAGCUGCUGACAUGGACCCUGGCAGUCCGGAACUUCCACAUCCUGGUCAGCCAAGUAAAGGUGUUUGGCUUGAGGCCUGUCCUGAAUGUGUGCCUUAAGUACGGACGUCUUUUUUUGGAUUCGUUCCUGAAGUUGGGGAUGCCGCUGCUCGACUACAGUUUCAAAAGGCACAAGGAGGAUGUGCAGAAUCUGUUAAAGACCUUCCAGCUCAGCACUCGACAGCUUCAUUAUAUUUGCGGACACUCCAAGAUUAAUCAGGACACAAGUUUGACCAGCCACGUCCCGGCCUUGAAGAAAAGUCUCGAGGUGUUUGUCUACAGAGUGAAGGCCAUGCUCACCCUCAACAACUGUCAGGAGGCUUUUUGGAUGGGCAACCUGAAAAAUCGCAACCUUAAGGGUGAAGAGAUUCUUUCUCAAAGGACAGAAGAAAGUGAAGAGGAAGAGGAAGAAGUAGUGGAUCCGCAGGGCCAAUCUGAGGAAGAGGAGCAGGCCAGCGACGCUGAGAAGCAAAACAAGAGGAACAGAGAAGACAGUGACGAUCAGAAUCAAUCAGAUGACUCUGAAACAAACUAAAACCUUCACAAAUUUAUUCAGCAUAUUUUCCAAAACACAUCUGCAUGUGGGAGUCUUGGGUGACAGUUUAUAGUCAAAAUUAUUCAUGGUACUGUUCACAAAUUUGUCGUGUUCUAAAAUGUUUUAUAAGUGUAAUGUUAAUUAUUGUUUUUGUAAUUCAUUGCAACCUUAUCGACACAUAAAUCUUUAUCUCCACAUAAAUUUAUACUUGUGAUGUUUCUGAAUACUAAUACAUAAUAGUACAGUUAACGCUGAGAUCUUUGUUUCUUUUAAAUACCACAAAUUGCU